AUGAUUUGCGCGGAAUUUCUUCCUCUCUCCAUUGUUGACGACGAGGAAUUUCAGAACUUUGUACAUCUCUUAAACAGCAAUUACAACCUCCCGAGCCGUGAAACGCUUACGCAUAGCUUAUUACCUUCCGUGUAUAACCAGAUUUUCGGUAAAGUUAAAGCCGAGCUGUCUGACGCGCGAGCAAUUUGCAUAACUUGCGACGGUUGGAGAAACGUUCACAAUGUCAGUGUCUAUGCUCUCACAGCUCAUUACAUUGACGCGGUCACUCGGCUCAGGUCGUGUUUCAUUGAAUGUUCGGAAUUUCCGGAGCGCCACACGAGCGCUAAUAUAUCUUCCUGGAUUCACGAAGUUCUGGAAACAUUUUCCAUACGCUCCAAGAUUUGCGCGCUUGUAUCUGAUAAUGGCGCCAAGGUGAAAGCGGCCGCGGCCGACUUACAUCUGAGGCACGUGGCGUGUUUUGCGCAUAGUUUAAAUGCGAUUGUAAAAGAGGCGAUAUCAUCGUCCAUCCACGAGCUGGUAGACAAGGCAAAAGCACUCGUUCAAUACUUUAAACAAAGUAGCUCUGCUUCAGCCAAACUCCGUGAGAUGCAAAGUUCACUGAGCAACGACCGCUUACACCUUAAACAGGACGAGCCCACCAGGUGGAAUUCCACCUACGACAUGUUAGAACGAUUAGUGAACACCGGAGAGCCCAUCGUCUUGGCGUUGUUAGGAUCGAAAGGACAUUUUGUUUUGGAAGCACGUGAAUGGGAAGCCGCGGUCCAUAGUGUCAAGCUGUUGGCAGUCUUUAACGAUGUAACUCAAGAACUAUCCUCCAAAACCAAUGUUUCUUUAUCAAAAACGUCCAUUUUGUCCAGAAUAAUGUCGGGAAAGGUUGCGCAAUACCUAGAAAACAACCCGAAUAUUCCCGACAGUGUUUCUAAAUUGGGGAAGCAACUCGCGGAGGGCUUGUCCAAGAGCUUCGGCAAUAGAGAGUCCAACCAAAUGAUAUCUCAAUGCAUCAUUCUGGAUCCGAGGUUCAAGAAACAAGGAUUCGGGGACGAAGCCAAAUACAGGUCGGCCUAUCAAGCGCUUGUGGGGAAGGUCAGUGUCUCCGCACAGAGACAAGUCGCCGAAUCAUCGAAUCACCAGCCGGUAUCACAAGGUCAGAGUUCAUCUCCUCACUCGGUGUGGGGGGAAUUUGAUGCUGCUUUGAAUCAUUUGCAAGCAAAGCCGGACCCCACAUGUGAGGCAAUACUAGAGAUAGAGCAAUACAUCGAGGAGCCGCACUUGCCCCGCACCGCCGAUCCCCUUCUUUGGUGGGAAAGGAGGAAAUUUACGUAUCCAAUUUUAUACUCCGUCGUUGUCAAAAGACUUUGCGUUCCCGCUACCAGCGUCCCGUGCGAAAGGAUAUUCUCUAAGGCCGGGCAAAUCCGCGCAGAAAACAGGAGCCGGCUCACGAGUGACAACGGUGACAAUGUUGUACUGAAAUCAGUCGCCCUAAAUGAGGACCAUGAGAGCGCCAAGCUGACCGAUUAUCCUGAAACCAUCCACAGCGAUUCUCCUUCUAUACAG